AUGAACGACUCCCAGCAAUCCACAUUGAGACUUGAGGAGUUAACACAAAUAGCACGUUAUCUUGCCAUCGCAGCGGUCAAGGCAAGACGUACAUGUGUUCCAACAAGCGCCCCUAACCAGGAUAUUUCAUUCUCUGAGGAGGAUCCUGCAUAUCAGGCCUGGUUUCGUUACUUUAUGCAGUUGCAACUGCAAGACUCCCAAAUACGCUCCGAGUUGGUUCAGCGCACAAACACAGUGAAUGCUAUUGCUGGCUAUCCAACCGGUACAUCAUACGUCAACCAACCAACCGUUGAACGUCCAGUGGCGCCCGCAGGUGUGUUCAUUUGA